AGUUAAACAUUAUAUUAUUGUUUUAAGUAUAAGGUUCCUAUAUUUUACAGUAGAAUACAACACCACUGAAAUAACAUAAGUAAGUGCCUGUUCGUGGGGCCAUAGCAACAAAUAGUAACAACAAAUAUUUUACAAGUUUUCAUCAGAAGCACAUAUAAGCAUAUAGCAAUAACUUAACUACUAGUGCUAAGACUUGUUUAAAUUCACUGAAGUCAUGAGAUCAUUAGGAUAUCAUCAACAAAUACCUAUGGAUAGCUUUCAUAGUCCAAAUUUUAGUUUAGUGUCUGACAUUUUAUUUUGGUUGGCUCAGCGUUUUGAACCUGACACUAAUUUACCACAAGAAAUUGAAACAUCUGAACAGCGAGUUUAUUUCAUUCGUUCGAUUGUAGAAUUUUUUGUUCUUAAGACCAAUAUAAAGUUAAAUGUAAAGAAACUGUAUCAAGCUGAUCGAAAUGCAGUGGGUGAACUAUUAAAAAUAACUGAUUUGCUUAACGAUGCAUUAAAUAGAAAAAAAAUUUACGAGGAUGAAGGUUUUACCAAAUUGGAAACUAACUUAACAUACAAAGCCAAUGAACUAAAAACGACAAGAGAAUUGGCAUCUAAAAUUACUCAAAAAGGUGCCGAAUUAUUUCGUUCUUUAGAAGAAGAAAGCGAACUACGGCCAGUCAGAGAUAGCCGAGUUAAUGCCGCAUUGGAUAUUAAUGAAGUCGAACAAAGCCUUAAGACACUAAUUCAGAAAACAAAAAAAGAAACUGAACAUACUAGAGAGUUGAUAAAAAACAUAUCAGCAACUGAAGCCAAUCUGGAUGCAAAAAUUACAAAACGACGAGAAGAUUUAGAAAGAAAUUCAAAGAGACUUCAAACUUUGAAACAAGUGAGGCCAGCAUUCUUAGAAGAAUUUGAAGAUUUAGAAUCUGAACUCAGAAACUUAUAUCAAGAAUAUAUUACAAGACAAAGAUGUAUAAGUUACUUAGAACAUCAACAAGAACAGGUUGCUCAGGCAGAAUUAAUACACAUACAAGAACAACAAGAAUUAGCAAAAAAGAUUAUUGAAAAUAAUAAACAAGAUGAUGAUUUAAAAUUAUUGGAAGAAGUUAAUAACGAACCAUACAAUAACCAAUUUUUAGAAAAUACAGCAGAUAUCAAUAUUAAAGGAAGAGUUAGUAGUGCAGCUACAAGUAGAAAUCGGGGUAUGUUUGGCCGCUUAUCAGAUAGUGAAACAGAUUCUGAUUUAAUGUUGGAUGAUGAAGAAGAUUCCAAUAUAAUGGCAUCUGAUGGAGAACUAUCAACUUCCAGAGCUGAAAAACUUGGAAGUAUUCACAGUGAUAGUGUCGAUAGUAACAACUAAUAAGAUAGAUGAUUUAAAAAUAUAUAUUUGUUUUAAUAUUAUAAAUCUAAAAUUUAUAAGAUACAUAUUUACUCGUAUAUAUUAUUUACAAUCAACACGAUGCUACUAUGUCAUAUGUCAUCAUCUUCUAGUUCAUAGUUUUUACUCUUUUUCAAUUUUUAGAGUCAAUAAACAAUCCCAAAACAAA